CCUCGUGUACCGGAGAACCCUUCAUUCACAAGCUUCAGCGAGGAGGAUUUCUGGAAUACUUUCACCAACAUAGGCUCGUCGGCGCCUUGCACACCAAGUGGUUUUGGCCACCUAGCACUCCUCCCCGGAUUUAUCAAUCCACUUCCUCCGAUGAUGAGCCGACAGACAGUCGACUGUCUUCGAGUGAAUGGAGUAUUGGCUCUACCGAGCAUCCGCCUCCAGAGUGCUCUCUUGCGAACAUUUGUUGAGAGCGUGUUGCCAUCAAUGCCAAUCAUAGAGUGGCAGCAGUUCCUGACUGUCAUUCGCAAUGAAAAUGGUGCUCAUGGAUCAUUGAGCUUGCUUCUAUAUCUGGCUGUGAUGUUUUCUGCCACGACCUUCGUGGAAUUGGAGCAUCUUCUCGAAGCUGGGUAUACGAGCAGAAAGGAGGCUCACGAAGCUUUCUUUCGGAGUACCAAGCUUCUAUAUAAAUCAAACUACGAAUCAGAUCCUCUGACCAUCGUCCAGUCGUUGCUUCUAAUGACCUACAGGCUGGACACAGCGGAUGGCCAGGACAGUCGUCACUGGAUAAAAGCUGCCAUCACCGUGGCUCGGUCAAUCGGCCUCUUCCAAGAUGCUUCGAUUAUAAUGAAUUUUAACUACAGCCCAAAGCUGUGGAAACGCAUCGCAUGGGCAUGCUAUACGACGGACUGUGUAAUCUCAUUACGGCUUAGAUGCCGAGCCGCCAUCGAGCGAGCAGAAUUUUGCCACCCACUUCUCACGGAGGAGGACUUUGAGCUUUAUACACUUCCCUUGGAAAACCAGAUACUCUCUCCUGAGUGCACGCUGGUCAGGAAUGUCAAGGCGCAAAGAGAUCUGGCCCAUGUUUGCAUCUCCACAGCCAAACUAUGCACCUGCAUCAGCAAUGUCUUAGAUCUCCAGGGCAAACAAAAUAACCAUAAUGCAGUCUCACCUAACUCCCCCUCGGCAAGUCCCAGCGAUGACUAUACCAGCCGAAUCUGCUCUUCGGAAAUGGAGCUAGCAGAAUGGGCAAACACCCUCCCACCACCUUGUCAAGCCUGUCCAAUCGAACCACACAGCAUCGACGAAGAACCCACCGUCAUCCUCCAGCGCAAUAUCCUCCACAUGAUCUUCUACACCACCAUCGCCGUUUUCCAUCAAUCACAGCCCUUCCCCUCCUCAAAGUCCUGCGUUCAACUUGCCGCCAAUCAGAUUUCCCGCAUUACUUCAGAAUUGUAUCAACGAAAUUUGCAACACCGACUACCCGUUGUUGGCGUUACGGCUAUUCUUGUCGCAUUGAUUAUUCACAUUUCUGAAAUGAAGACCCCCCGUCCUGAGGAGCGCGACGAAGCUGUACAAAAUUUCCAACUUUGCCUGGACGUCAUGAGCAGUUUGCGUGAGUUGUAUUGGGAGGCUAACACUGCUACUACCUGGGCUUUGAGUGUUAUUCAAAAAGUCGCUUUUACUACGGGCCCGGGAUACGACUGUCGUUUCCGGGAACGGUCUUCUUCAAGUGAUAGCAGCAUGACGGAGACCCUCGGUACAGCGAUGCCACCACUUAUGAAUAUCGUACCGGCGGAUCAAUAG